UCAUAACUUGUUCAAUAAUGCAUUUGGGGAAAAAUACUGGCAUUAGCAUGGCCACACUACGCAGAUGGCGGCGGGUGAUGUCGAAAAUAUUUUGAUUCGUCGCUACAGACAAUUGCCAUUUGAAGAUCAUCGUCAUAAGAUCCCAUAGCUUGCUCAUUGAAUAAUCAUCUAGUUUCAUUAUUGAGGAGGCGGAUAUAUCUUGAAGUAGUUGUCUUAGAAGAGUGUGACUGGCUACCGGUUGUGGUGUAAAUAACUCAUCUAGCAGUUUAGGGUGAAAUAGUACAGUCACUACAUCGACUUGUCCAGGGAAAUAUUCUGCGCUUUUAAGCGCUGGUCCACAACAAAAACCAUUUCACAGCCUAAAUUGAUAGCUAUAAAGGGAGUCGCGUAGUGUGACAUUGCCACAAUACUACUUUCUAUAAGGAAAGUUAAUGAAACACUGAAAUAAUCAAUAAUGUUUCCUUUAGAGCAUAUCAACCUAACUAUUGAUUUUAUUUACAAACACAUACUAGAACAUUUAACAAAUGAUAGAAAGAUUAGAAGGGUUUCACAUGAACUUAUGAAUUUGAACAGUAAUGAGAAGAAAGUACUGUAUGUGUAUGAGAUCUUAAAAGAAUAUGAUCUUAUACCACUUGUUAUUAAAGAAGACAAGUGCCCUCAGAAGUCUGAUCAUUACCGUAACCUUGGCAACACUUUAUAUCAACGUAAGCAUUUGUCCAUGGCCUGGCAACAUUAUAAUUUAGCAUUGAUGUAUGCUCCUUUGCCUCAUACACCAUGUGACUGUUAUGUCUUGGCCUUGGCUAAUAGAUCAGCAGUAUUAGCAGCCUGGAAAAAAUAUGAAGAAUGCUUAUCAGAUAUAGAAACUGUAUUUCAACAUUCAUAUCCAGAUUCAAUACGGGAUAAGUUAUUAAAGAGGAAGAAAAUAUGUGAGGAUGCAUUAAAAGAACAACCUACAUCUAAUGGUGAAGAUGAGGACAAACUUAUUGAUGACAUCUUCAGUUUAAAGGUGCCCAAACAUGAAAAAUACAUUGAUGCAAGCUCUAAACUCACAGUGAAAUAUACACCAGAAUUAGGUAGACAUGUACUUGCCAAUGAAGAUAUUGAAGUAGGUGAAGUACUAGUCCAAGAAGAUCCAUUUGUCCAAGUGCUACUAAAGUCACAGUACACUAUCUCUUGCGCUAAAUGUUUUUCUAGGACAUAUAAUUUAAAACCCUGUCCAUAUUGUGUAGUUACCAUGUACUGCAAUGAGGAUUGUCGCACUAAAGCUUGGGAUCAAUACCAUAAAUAUGAAUGUCCUAUAGUAGCAUGUUUAUACAAAGCAAAUUUUACUAAAUUGGAACUGCUUGCUCUGCGAACCACAAUUCUAGCUAAGACAGGUCACACAAGUACUAAUGCUUUAUUGAAGACUCUGUCUGAAGCAGACUCGUGUCCCAAUAUGGAAGAUCUAGGAUGCCAGGAAGUAGAGGGCAAGAAGAUUUAUUCUUCUAAAUAUUACUCAUCUAUACAUACUUUAGCCACAAAUGUUUCCAAACGGGACAUAUCAGAUAUCUUCCAAAAAUGUGUCAGUGCUGCUGUUCUUAUGCAUAUCUUGGCUGUGACAAAUUUCAUCAGAACAGAGGAUGAUGAAGAACGCAAAAAACUUAAAUCAUUUGUUGCUGAUAAUAUGCUCCGUCAUCUUAUGACCGGGCCUACUAACAUGCAUGGCAUAUCUACUAACGUAGAAAAUGAUGAAGGAAGUUUUGAAGAAGAGUAUGGCAUAGCAAGUGGAGCUUAUGCAUUUUUAAGUCUGAUUAAUCAUUCGUGUGCACCAAAUGUGGUACGUUACACCAAAUUGGGCACCUCAUGUAUCACUUUGAUUGCCAUUAGACCAAUCAAAAAAGGGUCACAGCUAUUUGACAAUUAUGGGUGCUUCGAGCUGGUCCGUGAUGAAGAGCAGAUGACGUCUAGACUUAUUGUGGAAUUGGAAGCAAGUGAAAUUGGCCUGCGUAUCGUGCAUGCAACAGAGUACGAUGAUGUGGAGCAAAAGGCUCAUCAUGCGGUAAAUAGCAGACAGACCAGACAGGCAAUCCUACUUUCUCAGUACAAAUUCAGUUGCAUAUGCGAAGCUUGCGUCGACGACUGGCCUAAAUAUUAUCAGUUGCCAUCUGCGCCGAACUUACCCGGAGAAGUCAUACAGAUGAUAAACAAGCAUUUGGGUGCGGAGGUGAUUAAAUGUCUUCAAAAAGCUGACAAGAAACGUGCUCUGAAGGAGUUCAAGCCUUUGUGUAAGUUGGCCACAGCUCUGGAACCUUUUGUCCCUUGUAAAGAAGCAGCCGAUUGUCAGGAGAUGCUGAAGCAGUGUCUUCAGAUACUUGCAGGCGUUCUCCCCUUUGAUUUUACAAAAGUUAUUGAUUUUGACAUACCUCCUGCUGUGUUGCCGACACAAAAUUGUAGAUUCUACACCGGAGAAGGUGCACUUGAUCUUUCAAGGUAAAUGACUGUUUUGCUUAUAUAUUUUAUACGAUACUUUAUGUAUCUCUUGUUCUUUUCUGAUGUUGUGCUAAGCGAUUUGAUUUUGUUUAUAUUGUUUGUUGAUUGUUUUUUGUGUGUGUUUAAUUGGCUGGAGCCCUUUCUAGUUAUAGGGUUUCUUAUAAAUGGUGAUUGUGUAAGUUCCUCAAGUUAAAAGGAAUCAGGACAGUUUAUUAAUAAAAGUUUUCAUCUUUUCUUGCACUAUACUUCUUUGAUAGUAUUACAAAAAUUCUGACUAUCCAGCUAAAGUGGUUUGAUUUGUUAAUUUGAAGUUUAUAUAAUUUAAUAUUACUGAUUAGUAUAUAAUUACUGAACACGGUAUUAUAAUUUUUUAAGAGUAUUGUACAUGUAAUAGUCUCCAUAAGAUAUAAUUUGUAUUACUCAUAUUAAAUUUGUUCAAAACUUUCGCGCAAAUUUUGGAAAAAAAAUCUUUUGCAAUUAGAUUUUUUUUUCUCUGAAUAAAAAUCUAAUUGUGAAUCUGAAGAUUCUAGUCUCUUAAAGUAUUUUAGGAUAAGUUCUAAGUGUGUAAUUUUGAUAUAAACGAAAUCAGAAGACUAGUGAAGUAACAGGGAUUUUGUAUCACAUUUUGUGAUAUUAGAGAAAAGCCUCAAGGCUAGGAAAGGGUAUGAAAAAUAUCAGUAAAAGUAUUUUGAAUUUGGAAAAAGAAACUGUUAUGUUCUGUUAUUCUUUAGGUGAUUUUUUUUAUAUUAUAUGUAUACACUUUUGUUACUACAGUAUUUUUAUAGUGCUGGCGAAUUAGUUUACAAGUUGAUUAUCUCAAUAUAAAUUGAAUAUGCUGCAGUGUUAUUUUGGUUUAAAAUAUUGUAUUUUUGACACAGUAGUGCCAUCUGUUGUCAUUCAUUGUACUUGAAAUGUAAUA